AUGGCACAAACAGUAACCUCCGAAGACUGUGGUCCUACGAUCGCUCGGGUUAGUAUCGCGGUAUAUGCUAUCGCGGUCUCGUUCGUGGCACUGCGCUUUGUCACUCGCGGGUGGCUUGUCAAGAAAUUCGGCUUGGACGACUUGCUCAUCGGCAUUGCUCUGCUCGUCGGCGCUGGAGAAACAGUCGCACUUCAGUUCCAAGUACACCAUGGGCAAAAACUACAGUUCGGCGCUUCAAAGAAGGAGGAGAUCAGCAAGAUUCUCAUGUACAAGUACAUCAACAUGCUACUUUACUAUGUGGCGAACGGGGCCGUGAAGCUGAGUAUACUGGUUUUGUAUCAUCGUAUUUGCUCGUUGCAAAAGGGUCUUCCUUGGUUCUUGCGAGGAGCGGUAGUCUGGUCUAUGUGGGCGGCCAUCACAGCCUUUACCCUCUCUACCUUUUUUGUGGAGAUGUUUAACUGUCUGCCUGUAACAGCAAUUUUCGAUUUGGAAAAUCCGGCAAGGAAGUGCAUAGCGUGGGUGCCAUUCUACCUCUCGCAGGCCGGAAUCGAUGUAUUCAUCAACCUGGUCUUGCUUGUGUUUCCGUUACCAUUACUGGCUAUCUUGAGGAUCGAUAGGAAGCAGCGCUAUUUGCUUGUCUUGGUCUUCUCCAUUGGGCUAUUACCGCUCGUAGCAUCCAUCAUCCGAUUGUGCCAAAUCGCGACAGCAGCCGGCACAAAAGCCGGGAUGCGACCUUCUGGUGAUUCCAGCUGGGAGGGCCGUUGGAUCCCGCUCUGGUCCCAAAUCGAGGUCGACGUAGGCAUCGUCGCCGCCUCCCUGCCAAGUCUGAGCCCGCUAUUGAAGCAGAUAUGGUCUGGCUUUGCCCAUUCACGAACGUUAUCGCCGUCGCAUGUCCCCACACUCAUCGAACCGGGUUUUAACAACAGACGUGGAGAGGCCCAGGGACUCCAGAAGCUUCCUAGUACCAUCUCAAUGCUCCCGAACAAGUCUAUUUCCACUCUUGACACCCUCCCGAACAAGUCGGUAUCCACUCUUGGCUCUCUUCCGAAUAGGUCGGUCUCGACUCUCGGCGAGUUAGAGAACACGAAGCGGUUGACAUUCUUCGAUGAUUCAGAAGACGGGGAGGUCGAUCGCGAAGCGUUCCCAGACCCAUACAGCACGACGCAGAUCGGAGUAGCGCGGACAGUCAACACGCGGCUAUCGAGGGCGAUGUUCGUGGAUGUGCCUGUCUCACCCAGGAGGAGCGUUGGCUUUACAGGGCUCUCAAUUCCGGAGGCUGCCGUCUAAUGAGCUGCGGUUCUAGCAUUCACAAACCUUUGAUUAUAUGAAUCGAAGUCUUGCAACAUCUUCUACCUGACACGCAGGCUGAUGUGUUCCAAAACGCACGUACUCCAUCCCGAAGUCAUUGGCGCGGUACCAGCACUACGACGGUGGGCAGAUGGGCCCCGGUACUUGCGGCGUGCCGUGCGUGUCUUUGAUUGGAUGAGACUCGGUUUUGAGGUCGUGAAGUUUUCCAGGACAAAGACCAGAGGCGCCACAAGGAAGAGUUACCACUUGCCACGCCACGAUGGUAGUGCUUGUGGCAUCCGCUCUCUAGAC